AUGAAAGAUGGUGUCGGCGUUUCCAACAUUAAUGGCUUUGUCAAUGUUUCAUUUUCAAAAAAUGGAUUUUCCUGUGACAACAUUGAAGCUCUGGAAUGCUGGAAACCAGUGUUUGAGAAACUAAUCCGUCCAAGAACUGAUAAUGGUAUUGGUAUGGAUAUUUGGUCACUUCAGCCUUUAGAAACUGCUUCCGAGUUAAGGUUUAGAGAUAUCAAGAACCUGAAUUCAUCUCAUUGGAUUCGCGAGGCGAUCUUCACGAAAAUCUCCCCGAAUCGUUCUGUUUCGAGUUCUGAUACCGCAAAGAGUUGUAGAAAUGGUGAGAUGGUUCUGAAAUACAAGUGGGAUUUAAUUGAUAGUCUUGAGCCAUUAGCAGAGAAAGAGCCUCGAGAAGAUUGGACUGAAGCCCAGAAACAUCAAGAAGCAAUCAAGUCAUUCUACUGUACCCAAAGCAAAACAAGGAAUUUCAGAUCUACGUUGAUUGAAGCAGAUAAAGCUUUUCAUGAAGAGUACAAAAAUAAGAAAGGGAUCACUCUGUUGCCAUACGCAGCAUGGAUUAAGAAUUCCACAUUGUUGUUUGGGACAAGAAACAAAAGGAGGGAAUACACGGGCAAGAUUCAACAAGAGGAAUCGAUUGCGCAGGAUUAUGUUGGCGAACAGAACAAGUUCAGGCGUUCGAUUUUGCUAAUUGGUUGACCAGGUCAUUUACAAAGCAAGAUUACGUGGGAUGUGGAAGGAACUGAAAUAGAUUUGGUUCCUAAAUUAGUAGAAACAGGUG